AUGUCGACCAUAAAACUAGACAUCGCCCAAAGAACGUCCUUCGUCUCCCAGGAAAACAUGGUCCAACUUCAAAAAGUGUUCAACCAAUUCGAUGCGAACAACGAUGGCGAGAUCUCAGUAACGGAACUCGGCGACGUCUUGAAAACAUUGGGGUCUAGCUACACAGAGGAGGAACUCAAACGUGUCAUGGAAGACAUUGACACCGACAAAGACGGUUUCAUCAACCUCUCUGAAUUCUGUUCCCUCUGCCGUUCAUCUUUCGAUGCUGUCGCUGCCACCUUAUCGCCUCGAUGCUGUUUUCUAGCAAACGACGAGAAUCAUCAGGCAUUCGCAAACAGUGUUGGACUUCCUGCUUCAUGCUUGAGUACUGAAGCUGUAGAGACAAGCUCUACGGAUUGCUCAAAAAGCUCCUGA